AGUUUGUUGUUUACAAAAUAUUGGAGUUAUCUGUCCUUGAUAGUUCCGUGAACUUACAUUGAAAUAUAGGGUAUGCGAACGGAAUUGUGGGAAGGAAACCAGAAAGACAGAUAAACAGAUAGUCAGGGUAUGCGAACGGAAUUGUGGGAAGGAAACCAGAAAGACAGAUAAACAGAUAGUCAGAAGCCAAUAUGCCAGCGGGACCGAUGUCGGAUGUUCCCCCCGGAUUCACUGGAGAGAGUAAUCCAGAUGUUUUUAACAUCAAUGCGAGACCGAAAGUCACAGAGAAGAAACCUGGUCAACUUCCAGAACAUAUGAUAAAGCAGUUUUUCGAAGAUGGUUACGUGAUUGUAAAGGAUUUCUUUACAAAAGAAGAACUAGAACCAUGUAAAAAAGCUAUUGAACGCUUCGUAGACCUACUGGCUCAGAAGCUGUACGAAUCGGGAAAAAUUAAAGAGUUGUACAGCGAGUACGGAUUUUUUGAACGUUUGACGAAAAUCGAAAAGGACUUUCCAGGAGCUAACAUAGUUUUGCACAAAUAUGGAGUUCUGCCACAGGCAUUUAAAGAACUUUGGACCAGUGAGCGUUUGUUAAACGUUGUGGAGCAGCUGAUUGGUCCAGACAUUGCGGGACACCCGGUCUGGAACCUGCGCACUAAGACACCUCAAAACGAAGCUACUACCGUUCCUUGGCAUCAAGACACUGCUUAUUUAGACCAAGAUUCCUACACAGUUUUACAACCCACAGCAUGGAUUCCUCUUCUAGACGCCAAUGUGGACAAUGGCUGUAUGCAGGUUGCACACAGAGGCCAUAAGACUGGUAAAGUGGCUCGCCAUCAGUGUUGUUAUGGGACGACAUGGUAUGUCAUGCUGGAGGAGGAGGAGAUGGCAAAAACAUUGGAGGUCGAUUUGGAAAAGGACAUUAUUACAUGCCCUGUUCCAUAUGGGGGUAUGCUACUGCUGAAUAAUAUGAUCCCUCACCGAAGUUUGCCCAACAUGUCCAAUAGGAUCCGUUGGAGUAUGGAUCUCCGCUGGCAGAAACCUGAUCAUCCAGCCGGAUUUUACGGAAUGAAGGACCAUCUGCUCUUUCGAACGUCCAAGGAUCCGGACUACAAGAUCGAUUGGACAGGAUUUGAAGGGGAUGACCGCUGGGCUAAACAAAAGGAAUCAGUCAAAGACCUACAAGACUUACUUCCGAAUGUAGAGGACGCCGAUUUUGACACCACUAUUCAGGGUCCGUGGAUGAAGAAAUGGGACCUCGUUCAUCACAACCAACAUACAGCAAAACUUAAUGAUAAAGACCAGACAUCAUGGCAUUCACAGGUCAAGGCUUAGCAUCAUGUGGACAUUGACUUCAGUUUGUGAUAACGUUUGAAGAUAUUGCUUUCUGGCAAUGUCCAUGCGUGAUUCAACCAAAUAUGUACAAGUCUAAUUAUUAUUUUUUUUUUUUUUACAUCAAAUGACAAAAAUGUCAACGGAGCAUAUUAUAUUAUAUAUCCAACAUUUAUUCGUACCAACAUUUUCCAUGUGUAUUCAUAUUUCAUUCAUCAUUCAGUAUUUUUAUGAUGGAGAUGUGAAAAAAGAUAUUGGUUCAUAGAAUGUGAUGAAUUUCGGAAUUAAUUUAUAUACACUGUACAUGUAUAGCAAUGUAUAACAUAUUUUCCUACCAAAA